AUGUGCCUGAAGUCCAGAGCCACGGGACACGGAGACGAGAUGGAGGUGGAGAUCCCGCCCACUCGCUCUGAUGUCAUCCACGCCUGUGACAUCAUGGAGGACGCCGCCAUCGCCUACGGCUUCAACAACAUCGUUCGCACCACGCCGCGGACCUACACCGUCGCUAACCAGUUUCCAAUCAACAAACUGACAGAGCUGUUGAGACAAGACCUGGCUGCAGCUGGAUUCACCGAAGCCCUCAACUUCGCUCUGUGUUCUCAAGAAGAUAUCGCAGACAAACUGGGAAAGAAGAUCGAAGACACGAAAGCCGUCCAUAUUUCCAACCCCAAAACUGCAGAGUUCCAGGUGGCGCGCACUACAUUGCUGGCAGGGCUGCUGAAAACCAUCGCGGCGAACAGGAAGAUGCCGCUGCCUCUGAAGCUGUUCGAGAUCUCUGACGUGGUUCUGAAAGAUGCCACAAAAGAUGUGGGAGCGAGGAACUGCCGGCGUUUCUCUGCAGUGCAUUAUGGGAAGAGUCCUGGUUUUGAGGUGAUCCACGGACUCCUGGACCGGACCAUGCAGCUGCUGGAGUUCAAACCAGGCCCAGAAGGCUACCACAUCCAGGCUGCAGACGACUCCACCUUCUUCCCCGGCCGCUGCGCUGAGAUCUUUGUGCGCGGGCAGAGUGUGGGCCGCCUCGGGGUCCUUCACCCGGACGUCAUCACACGCUUCGAGCUCACCAUGCCCUGCUCUGCGCUGGAGAUGGACCUGGAGCUUUUCCUCGGCAGAACGACUGAGACCUUCUUGUGCCACGACGUUCCAUCGCGAGAAUUCAAGAAUCACCAGUUCUGUGCCAACCCUUCAGCUUCUCCCAGUUCCACCAACACCACAUUCGGAGACUUGAGCACCACCGCCGGCUUGAAGUCUUUGAACGAUUUUCUCUCCGACAAAAGCUACAUCGAGGGAUUUUCCGCCACGCAAGCCGACGUUACGGUUUCUCAAGCAAUUCCCGGCGCCCCACCAAUAAGUUUCUGCCAUCUUUAUCGCUGGUACAAACACGUAAAGUCUUUUGGGAAAACAAAAACGAGUCUCCCGCCAUCCAAGAAGCAAUACGUGAUUCCCGACGCGGAUCAAAGCGAAGCAACCGAAAACUCUCCAAACGAUGACUAUUUGGACUUUUUCGGAUCUGACGAAGACGACGAAGAAGCGGAAAGGCUCAAGCGAAAACGCGUGGCGGAUUACGCAGCAAGAAAAGCCAAGAAACCGGCUCUCGUGGCCAAGUCGUCCAUCCUCCUCGACGUCAAACCGUGGGACGACGAGACCGACAUGAGCAAGAUGGAGGCGUGCGUCCGGAGCGUGGAGAUGGACGGGCUGCUGUGGGGGCAGUCCAAGCUCGUGCCCGUCGGUUAUGGCAUCAAGAAGCUGCAGAUUGGCUGCGUGGUGGAGGAUCAAAAAGUGGGCACGGAUUUGCUGGAAGAAGCCAUCACGGCGUUUGAAGACUUCGUGCAGUCCGUGGAUGUGGCAGCGUUCAAUAAGAUCUGA